AUAAAAUAGUCGAUAAAAAGCCCAAAGUGCGGCUUUGCGGUACUUUGUACUGCCUAGCAUCCCAAGUCCUUCCUCGUGCGGCAUGUCGGGUCAGACUGUAUUCGAAAGCCCCGUGACCAUCAACUCCGACGUUUGUCGCGCCGGCGACGCGAAAAAACUGCUGCCGAGAACAACGACGUACCCCCGUCUCAGCGAUGCCUUCCGCAACGUCGUCACCCGAAACGAGGUGGAGGAUCUGGUGCGACGCGCCCUAUCCCCGGACGCCGAGCUCGUGGAUUACCACCUGCGACCGUACUCCGAGGAGAAGAUCGGUUACCUGGGCUCGCACCUCUGCUUGGUAACCGCGACGAGGCAACCCGGCCGCGAGGAGUUGCAGAAACGCAGCUUCUUCGUGAAAACUGUGCCCUACGACGUGCCCAGCCAGGUGGCCUACAUCGAGGAAAAGGGCUGCUUCAAGAAGGAGGCAGCCUUCGCCGAGUCGCUGCUUCCCCUGCUCACGAGGAACUACAGGGGCGUCUCGUGGACGCCAAAAUGUUACCUGGUGAAAAAGAACACCCUAGUUUUCGAGGACAUGAAGUUCAAGGGCUUCUCCAACAGACCGAAGCUCUUCGACGUGAAAACGACGAAGGCGGCUGCCACGUGUAUCGCCAGAUUCCACGCCAGUUCGUUGCUGGCGGAGGACCAAUCGAAGGGCGCGUCGUUGACGGACGUGUGCCCGGUAAUAUUGGAGGAGUCCGAGUUCGUGAGGACGGGUCGCAGCUACGAGUGGUACUCGAACGCGAUGGAUUUCGCCGUGUGGCUGGCCAACGACCUGGGCCUGGAUUCCAGUUGCAUUAGGCGAGCCGGCGAGCUCGUCUUCGACAUGUGCCGGCCAUCGGCGAACAAAACCAACGUUUUGAGCCACGGGGAUCUCUGGAGCAGCAAUUUCAUGUUCGACGAGUCCGACCAGUGCAACCUCAUAGAUUUCCAAUUGAUCCGUUACGCGCCUCUGGCCCACGAUCUCAUGCAGUUCCUCCACCUGUGCACUACCCGAGACUUGAGGAGGAGGCACGAGCGAGAGAUCAUCCAACACUAUUACGCCGUUCUCAACGACAAUUUGGCGGUGAGCCGUUACAGCGGGCCCGUGCCGAGUUACGAAGAACUGCUCCAAGGAGUGGAGGAGCAGAGGCUCCCGGCUCUGGUCACGGCCAUCAUAUUCCACCCGACGGUUUUCAUGGACGGCAAGAUCGCGGCGAGCAUCAUGAACGAUCCCGACACCUACGAAGCUUACUACUUUCGGGACCGCGUGCCCUUUGUGCGGGACAUCAUGACCCGGGAUCGGGCGUACAAGGAGAACAUCGAGGAAACCCUCAGGGAACUUGUUGAGCUGUCCCUCAAGGUUGACGGCUUACCUCGACCCUCGUAGCUGACGCGUAUGGAAAUUAAUGACGAACCAUAUGUACAAAUUGUACGUUACAAAAACAAACAUUCGUGAGACUUGAUAAGUACGGGACUUUGGGCAAAGUAAUUUUUUUUUUUUUUUUUAGUGAAAAUUUUCGUAACUGUAGAUGAUGAAGAAAAAAUAAUAAUAAAAAUUAGAAAAUGGUAUUUUUCGUUAACUUUAAUACGGAGCGGGAUAUGGUUACCUAAUUCAUGUCCUUUUUUUUAUAAUGGUAAAAAAAAGUCAUUGGUACAUGAGCAGUAAGUAACAAGUUACAGGGUUAAUUGGCUAGUUAAGUACAUACUCAAGUCCAUGUAUUUUCACAUGCUAUUCAUAUAUUUAGUAGUGCUUCGAUAUUAGGAAUGUAAUAACAAUUAACGGAAAUGUAUAAAAAAGAAUAAUACGGCUAGAGUCACCGAGAAAAGUUACGCAAAUCGCUGAAUUGUCGAAAUGGACGCGGAUUAAGUACUCAGUUUAUUUAUUUGAUCAUUUUGCGUAAAUAUGUACAUCUCUAGUACUUAAGGACUCAAAUUGAUACAGUCGAUCAUGAAAAAAAAAAUUUUAAAUAAAAUAAAAUACAAGUACGCCAAGGAGUAAUUUUUUACAGCACCACAGCUAAAAAAUAUGCACGCCCAAGAAUGCGUCAAUAAGAUUAAUUGUUAUCAAAA